AAUGGAGAUGAUAUUAUUAUCAAAUAUACAAAAUAUAUUUUAACAAGUACACAGCCAAUCAGUGUUAUACAUGAUAUUCGUCUUGAAAUUGAAUAUUAUUAUCCAAAAUGUUUGUAUAAUACUCUCGAUUUAUUAUUUGAAGAAAAAGAAAAAGAUGUUCAAUUAUUUGAGAAUCUAUUACAAUUAUUAUUGAUUGAUGAAAAAGAACAAUCGAGUGGACCAUCAUUAACAGCUACCAUUUGGUUAUUAAUUGAUCAUUUUGGUCGUCUAAUGAAUGAUGAAUCAUCUUAUACAAUUUUAUUACAGAUAUUAAAAAUACUUUCAAUAGUACCGUGUUCCAUUAAAUAUCCUCAAUAUGAACAAUUAAUUCAUAUGGCAGCUGCAUUUGCUGAUUCACAUUUAAGAAUUAUCGAAUAUUUACACAAUUCAACAGUAAAAUCUUCGUUUGAUGACUUUAUAUUAUGGCGUGAUGCAUUAGUUAAUUGGAUACAAUUUAGAAAUUAUGAAUUUAAUUUAUUUAUUAGCAUAGCUCUAGUCGAUGUUGUUGUGCCAAAAAUUAGUUCAUUUGAUAAAAUUGAUGAUAUUGUAAAUCAACGUUUGACUGGUGAUAGUUCUGUCUCGUUAUAUGAACAAAAUAUGAAUGAUGCAACGCGAACAGCGCGAGCAUUUAAACGAAAAUUUUCACAAGCAUUUACUAAUGGAACCAGUGGUGGUUUUAAUGAGAAAACUCUAAAAAUUCCACAUCAAUUUCAAGAAGAAUAUAUAAUUUUAAUGACCUCAGUAUUUAAUGAAUUAGAUUUAGCUGAUAGUCAACAACAGCCCACAACAAAUCAUAAUCUUUUAUUAAACAUAGCUCAAACGUUGAUCGAUAAUAUUUUACCAGAUUCAACAAUGGACAUUCAUUUUGAUGAUGAAAUAAAUUUGGCCCUUGUUCGACGAUUAGAAGAUCAACCACUUGUAUGGAAUUUGCUUGAAAUAGUCAGUUCAGAUUCAAAUUCGUUUCAUUUAUGUCUACCGCUAGUUCGAUGUAUAUUAAGUUCACUCAUUGUACAAUGGGAAAAUUUACGAGAAGAAAGAGCUAAACUUUAUAAUCGUCUAUUAUCUUUAUCAACAAAUCUAUUAGUAUUACUAAGAAAGGCUCGAUAUUUACCUUCGCCAUUGAAUGAUAUUUAUGAAUUAUUUCCUUAUAUUUCAACCUAUGAUUGUUACAUGUUAAUGUUGAAUACAUGGAAUUAUUUAAAACAACAACAAUAUCCAUUAAUAGAUAAUUCUCGAUUAAAACAACAAAUUCGUGAACCACAAUUUAUUGAUCCAAUUCGAUUUGUUAUACAAAAAAAUAUACAAGAUAUGGUUUUAAUGACAAUGAUUGGCCGUGUGGCCGAUGGUCUACCAUUAGCUGCCUCUGUUCAUAAUGAUAUACGUGAUGAGUCUGGUAAAGGUACACCAGAAUAUCAAAAUCAAGCUAAAAAUAUUCUAAGACGAUUAACCCAAAAUUCACCAUCAAAAGCUAGUAUUGAAACUGAUCCAUAUAUAUUCCAUUGUUUGAUUGAUCAUGAUGUUUGUUAUUUAACAUUAUGUGAAAAAUCAUUUUCUCGAAAAAAUGCAUUCGCCUAUUUAGAAGAUAUUGCACAAGAAUUUAUUGUACAAUAUGGACAAAAAAUUCAAUUAGCUGCAAGACCAUACAGUUUUAUUGAAUUUGAUAAUUAUAUUCAAAAAAUGAAAAAACAAUAUUCGGAUAGUCGAUCGAAAGAAGUGAUGGGUAAACUACGUGGUGAUCUAAGAGAUGUACAAAAUAUUAUGUUAACUAAUAUACAUGAUGUUUUGAGUAGAGGAGAAACAUUACAGACAUUGGAUACAAAAGCAAACCGUUUAGCGAGUUUAUCUCAACAAUAUCGUAAAGAUGCAAAUUAUUUGAAUCGUAUGUCAUCGUUAACAAAAGUGGCGUUAUCCGUUGGCAGCAUUGUAAUAUUAGCACUUCUGGCAUACGAAAUCGAAACAAAAUAUACCGAAUUUUCUUCGAUAACUGUAGAUCAACAACGUGAAUCAAUAAUUCAGGGCAUACCAUCUAUUUCAACAUCAUCAGGCGACAUAAUGCAUGCGACACAACUGACUUCGGAACAAUGCAAAGAAGUAAUUAUUAAAAACAAUAAUUUACUUAAAGGACGAUGUUUUAGCAGUGCAGUACCGUGUGCGAGUCUCGAAUAUGCUAUCGAGUUGAAAGAGAACUGGACUCCGAAAUAUAAUGUCAGUGAUAAUGCGUAUAUCGAAGCUAUUGUGAGCUAUACUGAACAGCAUCAACAUUAUGGUCGAAACAAAUACACUGAUUUACAUCUUAAGGCACCGUUUGUAUCAUUCUUGCUUCAAUAUCAAAACGAAGAGCGUAAAGCAUCAACAAAUGUUAAGAAAGACCUUUAUAUAACAUGUAUGUAUAACUAUGAUAGAGCCAUAUUUGAAUUCGAUGUUGAUUGCAUCCAACCUACAAUAAAAUUUCGAAAUGAAAUAGAAGAAGCAUUAAAUUCAUCGGCUACCACUGCUCAAGAGCAACUUCGACAACUUUUUAAUAAAUAUGGUCAUGGGUUAGCUAAACGUGUUACAUUCGGUGGACAGAUUUAUUACAUAUACUAUAAGAAAGUCAACGGUGAGAUCGAUGAAACUGAAGAAAAAAAUAUUGCUGACUUUAAAAUAGCAAUUGAUUUCGGACAGACAAUAGAUAUUGGUGCCGCACAUGACGAAGGUAAAAGUGAAAAGUAUAUUUCGCAUAAAGAAACUGCAAAGAAAAAGUUUAAAGCGAUAGGUGGCGAUACACGUUUUGUCAACGCUCCUGAUAAAUGGGUUGAAACUGUUGCUGAUUUUUGUACGUGA